AUGGCAAGGGCCUUUAAACUUUUCGUUAUUCUUCUAAGUGGUUUUCUUGAAUUUCCCUUUAUUGGGUUUCAGGGUAUCGUCUUUAUCGGGAUUCUUGUUAUUUAUCGUACAGUCGGUCGGAGAGCGCAUUCGGUAUGUGUCCACGGCACAAGAGUUCAUCUUCAGUGCGUUUGUUGCGAGCAGCGAUUUGUUCAGGUGUAUCUUCAUCGGUUACUUCAGGCAGCGGUUGCAAAUUCGGAUCUAGGGAAACUGUUCGCCGAGGAAAAGGUCAAGGCUGUAAUAGAUUCGUUGGGUAGGGACAAGGCUUUGAGUCCAGAUGGCUUCCCUAUGGCCUUCUUCCAGGUUUUCUGGGAAGUUGUGAAAGGUGAUGUGAUGAGUUUCAUGUUGGAAUUCUAUGAGAGGCGUCAACUAUUGGAUGGGACAGGGACUUUCUUCAUUGCAAUCAUUCCGAAGGUUGUUGGUGCCGAUAAGAAGGACUUCAAAUCAAGAAGCCUAAUUGGGAGGCUUUAA